AUGAGAUCCUUCUUAUUCUCGAGUUAUUACCCGGCACCGCCCGGCCCGCCUUCGCCCCUCCCUCCUCACCCUUCAAAAGCAUACCCUGCUCAUGAACAGAGGGCCUUGAGGAAACCUACAUCAUACGACACGCUUUCUGUCGAGCCAUUUGCUCUUUAUCGUAGCCGGCCGACACCCAACUAUGCGCCGAGCACAUCCGAGGACGCCUCAGACGAACAAGAAGACGUUGCAGUUACAGUCACCGUCCAGCCUGCCGCGUCGACCUCUCCGAGUUGCUCACCCACCGGCUCGGCAUCCUCAGACAUCCAUGUUGCCAUGUCAGUACGAACCGCGUGUAACUGGAAAGCUAGCAUUACGCUACCUCCGCCGAGUCCCCCGGGCGCCACCACCGGUUUGUCUAGACCGACGACGCCGACGAGUCCUGUCCAGAUCCCCAAGCGAAGCCAUCGUGACGCCCGCCACCAUGUCAAGUUGGAAACAUCGCAUCGUCGACGACACCCCCGAAACGGUCAUACCCGGGAGUCGAUGUCGCCGUCCGUUGCAGCUCUUCUUGCUGUGACGGAUAUCCCGCGACCCCCGAGACGACGUCGCGGAGCCGAUUCGCCUCUUACUGUUGAUGAGAUUGUGGACGACCAGCAUGUGUCGGAGAAGGAACUGAGCUUGUCUCUCAGUCGUGGGCCCAUGGAUUUACUCCUGUCGCCGCCAGAGGACUCGAUGGAUGAUGACCUGAGCGCAACCGAGAGCAACAUGGGCUCCUUGCUCGCCAGGACGACUUCUGCUGACUCUGUUCCGUCCCUGGUGGGAGAGUCCCUUGCUACUGACACGUGGUCUUCAGUUGAUUCGCCCAAAAGCAUUGGCAUCCCGGCGCGGCGUAAGCAUAGCCCGGUGCGUAGGUCUCUGGAGCCUAUCCGGUCGCCAUCCGACGAUGGCGCUGAGGAGCAUCCACUCGCGGUCGCCGAUGACCUCGGUCUCCAAGACUUGGAGAUGCCAGUCGUCGAACUCUCAGGCGAGGGCUCUACUUCAAUCUUGCAGCCCUUCAAGCCGCUACGGUCCGCCUUCAAGUCCAACCUGACAGCUUCUUUGCGGGCUUUACGCUCGGCAGCCAAGUCCUUUUCAACCAUCAACUUUCCGUCCGUCCCCCCCGAUGACUUUCUCACUCGGUCUAUUCUUACCAUUGAUCCCAACGUCCCAUACAUGGAUGAACGACGCCCUCCGGUGACCGAGGAGAUGCCAUCAGCUGAAUUACGCCGCUAUCUGAACCCUACGACGAGUGCUCGCAUCGACCCUCCGCCAAAGACGAGCGCAGGCACUUUCUCAGCCUCCAUUCAGAUGCAGACCUACAAGGUCCAGCGUUCUCAAUCUGCCCCUCCGUCGCAACGCGCGCCCUACAGCAAUGGCAACACGUCGAGGUCGGCCUCCACUCCCAACCAACAUCACCCAGGCCGACCAGCCCAACAGGCCCUUGCCGUCCCAGGCAUGCGCCAACGGGAAAUGCGGGAGAACCCGGACUUUAUCCGCAUCGCGGUGAUGGAGAUGGCGAUGCGGCGCCGAGGGAAGCUUGAUGAUCAGAAGCCGGGACGGGCUCGCUGGGCUCUUCCGCCACGUAAAACGUCAAUGAAGCCCUACGAGGUCGGCUCGAACGGCGUUCCGGCAAGGUGGGUACCUGAGACGCAGUCGAGCUAA